AUGGAUGCCAAGGACCCUCCCCCGUCAACGGCGGCCUCGACAUUCUUCGAUCCCGACCAGUUGCACCUCCACCACCAUCACCACCCUCAGCACGUCUAUCCCAUGCAGCCCGCGCCUGCACCAUGGCCCUCCGCUCCCCCACCUCCUCAGAUAGAUGCUUAUCCCUAUAAUCCUCAACAAAUUAAUCCUAAUUACCCGUCGCAUCUGCCGCCGCAACCCUAUCCGACCCCCGCGCCCUCGAACUCGCCGUCCGUCUCUCUCCCGUCGCGUACCUUACCCUAUGUGGCCGACACCAAUCCCCAUCCUGAGCCCGCACCACCACCUCCCGAGGUCGUCGAACCCACCCGUCCAGAUGCCGGUAAGAAUAGCGUGUCCAAGUUGCGCAAACCGCGCAAGGCCAAUAAUGGCCCGGGGGGUCGGUCCACGCUGUUCUGGGUGCAUACCGACCCGCAGUCCGUGUCGGAGGGGACGCGAGAGGAAACCUUAAAGCGCAUUCGUUCACAUGUCAUGUCGGAGCAUAAUCGAAAGAAGCGCAUGGAAAACACCAAACGGUACAACAAAGGGAAAACGUGGAAGCAUCUGGCUUUCCAGCCGGUCGAGACCGCCGCUUCCAGUGCGGCGGCCCCCACGACCUCCACGACCGCACCCUCUCAUCGAUCACCGUCGAAAACCGCCUCCCCCAAGAGUCGAAUAUCUUCCGACUCUUCCCCAUCCUCGUCGCCAGAGGAGGUGAAGCGGGAAAGCCCGCAACAGGCUAUUGCCGCCGUUUCCGAUACUCGGGUUGUCGCGUACCCUGCAUCUGUCACCACAGCAGACGGGUAUGGCGGGAGCCCGCCAUUCCCAGCCUUAUGUCGUGGAGACCGCGCAGAGCAUGUCUCCAUACGCGUAUCUGGGUCCUGGAGGCAAGGAUCCCAUUUAGCGUGGAUGCACACGCCCGCUGGACCCGAUCGCAUUGAUGCCGUCAUUUUGGCAGGCACUUUCCAGCAUGACCCGGCAUGUCUCCAGGCUACAAUCUGCGUCGCUGCGACGAACACUGCCUUGACUGUGGGAGAAUUCCCCCUCAGGUCUGAGAAGCAAAGCUCGAGUCUACUUCUUCUCGAUACCUUCCACCACCGCGGGGAGACCAUCCGACUGGUCAACGAGGGCCUGUCGAGUCCUCCCAAAGCGUCUAGUGAUGAAUUGAUCGCGGCUGUUUCUAUCUUACUCACGAUCGAGAUUGCGUCUGGAAAUCCCGAUUACCUCAAAGUCCACCUUGCCGGGUUAAGGCAGAUGGUCUCCAUGCGCAACAGCUUCGCCGACGUGCCUCCAGACGUUCGGUUCCAGAUCUCCUGGACCGAUAUCCGCGUCGCGUGCAUGGCAUUUACAAAACCGAUCUUCCCUUUUGUCCGAUACGUCCGUCCCACCCAUUUCACGAUCCUCCCUCCUCACAACGACUUUGCGCAUACGGCUUCUGGUCUGAUCGACUUGAUCAAAAUCCCCGGCAUCCUCGGCGAUGCCAUGUCGAAGAUCGUCUUCGACCUGCGCGAGCUCGUCUGGUACGCCGAGUGGAUCAAGGGGAGCGUGCCGUACCAGGAAUUCGACGACGAGACGGAGCUCUACUUCAACACGGAAGUGCUCUAUACCGAGUACGCCCUCCACACGGACCGGUAUACGGAGACGGGGGCCGCGAAGAACGACGCCACCAUCGAGGGCUGCGUCCGCCUUGGGUGUCUUCUCUUCCACAACUCGGUCAUCUGGGACUUUUACCCACAGAUCGCGCCGGUGUUCCCCAAGCCCAUCAUCGCGCUGCGGAAGGCGCUGGAGACGACCCUCCCCGCGGGCUACUUCCGCCACUGCGAGGACCUGCUGAUCUGGCUGCUGUUUGUCGGGUCGUGCAGCUCGGGACUGCUGCCGGAUCGGGCGUUCUUCGUCGCGGAGCUGGCGUCCGCGGUACGGCGGCAAGGGGUGGGUUCGUGGCAGGCGCUGCGCGCGCUGCUGAUGAACUUUUUCUACGUGGAUCGCGUGUACCUGAGUCCGCUGCGGGGGCUCUGGGAUGAGCUGCAUCAGUCGGUCGUGAGCAAGGAAUUCCGAGAAAAACCCGCCCGAGCAACCCCCGAGCUAUACCCACCCUGA